AUCAUUUUGGCCGAGACGAGCUCGAGCGAUAGACACACUGGCGUCGCAGUCACGUAGAGGUGCAUAACCGGCUCGCGCACCGUCGCUGGUAGCUGUUUGCUUCGAAGCAUUCAUACGAGCGCGCAGCGAUCCACAACUGCAGCCAUGGCGGCGCUCGUGACCGACGACGUCGCCGCGGCGGGCAUCGCGAAAGCGAUGGCGAAGCUGCAAACGGAAGACGAGCCCGGUGACUGGACCGAGGGCAUGGACGCCUCGCAACUAGAAAGGGCGAAGGCGUCGCUGCGCUGGGCGCCCGGCUACUACGAGCGCGUCGAGGCCGGUGCGAGGAGCACCUGCGUGAAGCCGAGCGCGCUGCACGGCGCCGGGCUCUUCGCGACGCGCGCGUUCCGGCGGGGCGACGUCGUCCUUAGAGAAAGGCCGCUCGUCGCGAUGCAGGACCUCGCCAAUAAACGGGAAGUGGUGGCGUGCGGCAACUGCCUCAAGUUCAUCGACCUAGGAAAUGAAUUGUUGCGCCUCGUCAAGGACGAGGACGACGGGCGGCGGUGCGCGCACGACGCGGUGUGUCAGGUGCCGCGCGGCGGGCCCGAGGGCGUGUGCUGCCACGCGCAGUGCGGCGAGCUCUACUGCUCCAUUAGAUGCCGAGAUGAACAUUUGCGGCGGGGCCACGGCUGCUUAUGCGUGGGCCACAUCACGGAAGAAACGGCGUCGACGUCCCCAUUAUUCCAGUAUAAAGUACUGGCGGCGCAAUCGAACGAAAUCUUGUUACUCGCCGCGGAGGUCGCGGUGCUCUGGCUGGGCCGGGGCGACGAGGCGUUCACGAGCUUCGUGCGGGAGCCGUGGGACGAUGUUAUAAUGAAAGCGGCGGCGUUGCGAAAUGAUGGAGACGCCGGCGAGCUGGCUUCAUCAUUACGAGCCUUGUGUGGCGACGCCGCGCCUUUAUUAAAGGCGGCGCUGACGCCGCACUUCGGCGAGCGCGCCUCGAUCAUCGACGCCGCCUGGCUCGCGCGGGUCAUCGGCACGUUCGAGCAGAACAACAUCGGUAUCAGACGGGGCCACCCCCUCGACGGCAAGGAUAAAGAUGAGUGGCCGCCGCUCGAGGGCACGGCGCUCUACAGUGCCGCGUGCCGCGCGAACCACGCGUGCGCGCCGAAUUGCGACGUUAUUUACGAAGACGGCGGGCCGCUGCGCGUUUCGUUGGUUGCGGCGCGGGAUAUACGCGAGGGCGAGGAGCUGACGAUCUCGUACGUCGACUCUGAUCAAGACGCCGUCGACCGGCGCGCGGCGACGGCGGACUACGGGUUUUUGUGUGAGUGCCCGCGGUGCGCGGGGGUAGACUAAAACAUA